ACCUGGGAGUCCGCCUGUAACGGCCGCGGCUGGAAGACUGCGGCUUCUGGACCGAGAGGAGGGAAGGCUGCGUCCUUUUAAAGGACCAGCUUCCAUAGGUGAUUGAGACAUUGAUCUCCAGUCAACUGAAGCAGCAACUCCAAAAUAAUUUACUAUGACAGAGAACUCCCAGAGUUGUGGCUUGCCAAGAGAUGCCUUGUCAGGUUCUAUGGUGGUAAAUUCUCACCCAGAAAGACUGCCGUUUGAUCCAUGGAGUAAUGAACAUGUAGGAUAUCAGGAAGAAGAAGAAUGGGAAAAUCUAAACAAGGUACUAAGGCAACAUGGUUUAAGACCUGUGUGCCUUGCUAAACCUGGAAGCAGUAGAAAUGCGUCAGAUAUUAUUGUGAUGGACAGGAACUCUUCAAAAGCCAUACGGCAUGCGUUGAAAACACUGCUGGAAGAGACAGAGCGGCAACGAAAAAUUGUCCGUGGCCUGAUAGAAGACAAUCGCCAGCUUAGAGAUGAAAUACGCAUGGAGCGAAGUCGGGCUUCUCGCCAGGAGCAGCGAGCCAAUGAUUUAGACAUCAUCGUGGAGAAUAUCAAAUCCAAGAUAUGCCAGUUGGAAGAUGAGUCCAUAGCUAAAGUUUGUGAGCAGCAGACUCAAGUCAAAGAGCUUCAGAAAGAUCAGCAGUCUUCACAGGCAAAGUACCGUCAGCAGGCAGAGAAGCUGAAAGAACAAGAAGAGACUAUUGCCCGUUUGCAGAAGGAACUCUGUAAGACGGGCAUAGAAGAGCAGCACCGUAUUGCUACACAGAAAAAAAUGUUCCACCAGUUUUGCAAAAAGGCUCCAAGAACUCAUUUGGAUCAGCAGAUUUUUAGUCUAAUUGACUACUACGAAUCACAGAUCAACCAAAUGAAGAAAGAACUAAGGAAAUAUAAGAAGGAGACAGGUCAUACCCAUGGAGGAGGAAAAGACAAGGAUGAGUUCUUGAAUGUAGAUGCUACUGCUAAUUACAGAGUUUUGCUCAUGUAUUUCCAGAAUCAAAUAAUUGAGACACAGGCCAGAAACGAAGAGUUAUCACGUGAAAAUAAAAAUCUCAAGAAAGAGUUGGAAAUCAGACCAACUGAGCAAGAGUUAAAAUUUUACAAACGUCAAGUAAAGAAGUUGGAGAAAACACUGAAGAAUGUCAAGUCAUGUGAGAGUGAUGAAGAAACUCUGAAAGAAAACAAAGAGUCUAAGAGUACUACAGGAGGAGACCAGUUGCAAGAAACCUGUAGAAGAUAUUUUCAACUGUUGUCCAGCAUUGACUCUGUUCUAAGAAGCCCAAGAAGAGCUCCCUUGGUGAUAUAUAAGCAGAGUAAAGGGUUGCCCCGAAGUGGCACCAAAGAGAAUGAUCAGGACUGUGGAUUUGAGCACCUCCUUCCCACCAUUGAAAUGUGGGCUGACCAGUUAAUGGCCCUAAAGAAUAGUCAAGUGCCUUCGCUGCAAACCUUGCACGCAAUUGUCUCUCACUUUCAAAAACUGUUUGAUGUGAACUCGUUGAAAGGAGUUUAUCCUCGAAUGAAUGAAGUUUACACAAAGCUUGGAGAAAUGACCAAUGCAAUGAGAAACCUUCAUGAACUCUUACAACUAGAUGGCUCAGCCCCUCCCAGUGUCCUGGUGAACACUGUUGGAAAACUAUGCAGUACACUUAAUGAGAAUGUGACCUGGCAGGUAGAGCAACUCCUGGGAACCGAAGACAUCCAAAGCAUUAUCAACAAAUUGGAAGACUAUGAGGACUUUUUCCCAGCGUUUCAAGCUCUUGUUGAGGACUUGCUCUGUGUUCUAGGUAGGUGAUUUUCUGCAGCUUGCAACACUGUGCCUACACAUUCCAGUACUAUUCUUAGUUGAGUGGCUACAAUUCCC